UAAGAGGGAAAAAACCCUCGAAAAUAAGAAAUGAGUGGGGGGGGGGGGACAGAGAAAGCGGCUUUUCAAUUUCUCUACGCUGCCAUCAAAGUGCUGAAAUUUUGGGCCCCAUACGAGAAGCCGGAAAUAGAUCAUGGAGGACAAUAAUAAUGUAACGCCCCAGCGUGGUUUGGCGAGGUUCCGGAUCCUCCGCGCAGUCGAACUCACGGAAAAAGGCGGGGAAAACAACCGAGGAGUAGGACCCCGAGCCAUGGCUUUCCCCGAGCCAAAGCCGCUGGCGCCCGAGCUGCCACAGAAACUGCUGAAGACGCUGGACUGCAGUCAGGGGGCGGUGCGGGCCGUGCGGUUUAAUGUGGACGGCAACUACUGCCUGACAUGCGGCAGCGACAAGACACUGAAGCUGUGGAACCCGUUGCGGGGGACGCUGCUUCGCACUUACAGCGGCCACGGCUACGAAGUUCUGGACGCAGCCGGAUCCUUUGACAACAGCAGUCUCUGCUCUGGCGGUGGGGAUAAGGCCGUGGUACUAUGGGAUGUGGCUUCCGGGCAGGUCGUGCGCAAAUUCCGAGGCCACGCUGGGAAAGUGAAUACAGUGCAGUUUAAUGAAGAGGCCACAGUCAUCCUGUCUGGCUCUAUUGAUUCCAGCAUCCGCUGCUGGGACUGCCGCUCUCGGAGACCUGAACCAGUGCAGACACUGGAUGAAGCCAGAGAUGGUGUGUCCAGCGUGAAGGUGUCUGACCACGAGGUGCUUUCUGGCUCGGUGGAUGGCCGUGUGAGGCGCUAUGAUCUAAGGAUGGGCCAACUCUUCUCAGACUAUGUGGGCAGCCCCAUCACCUGCACCUGCUUCAGCCGUGAUGGCCAGUGUACCCUAAUAUCCAGUCUGGACUCCACACUGCGGCUUCUCGACAAGGACACUGGCGAGCUGCUAGGCGAGUGCGUCUCCACAGUCAGCCCGGGUCCCCUCCCUUCCCUGCCACCCCUGAGCAGGAGCAGGCCCCAAUACAGCUCCUUCACCCAGGUACACGGGCCACAAGAACCAGCAGUACAAGCUGGACUGCAGCCUCAGUGCACAGGACACACAUGUGGUCAGCUGCUCGGAGGACGGGAAGGUGUUCUUCUGGGACCUGGUGGAGGGUUCUCUGGCACUGGUCCUGCCUGUAGGCCUCGGUGUGGUGCAGUCACUGGCCUUCCACCCCCACGAGCCCUGCCUGCUCACUGCCAUGGGGGGCAGCGUGCAGUGCUGGCGCGAAGAGGCCUACGAGGCUGAGGGGCCCACGGGCUGAUGCCACAGGUACCCACCAGGCCCAAGGACUAAGAGCAACUGCAGGGGACGUUUAUUCCAGACACUGACAGUGGAAGGGAUGGGGUAGGGCCUUAAUAAAUAGAGGGGGCUCUGGA